CUCAGUCAGUUCAGUCGCAAAGCGCAAUCGACACAGUUGGGCAAGCGCACGCACUAAAUUUGGAGCGCGUGUGGUACCCAAAAAUUUCCUAGUUUUUAUUUAUUAGUACCCGCGAUAACGUCGUCGUUCGGUUCGGACUUCUUUUUUCGUUAUUUAAUUCAAAUUUUUUUUUAAAGUGAUAAUUUAAGUGACUUAAGGUGGAUUCGUACGGUUUUUCGGCGGCCAAAAAUCCGUGAUUUUUGGCCAAAGUGAAAGUGGACCCACUAAGUGAAAGUUCCCACUGACUGUCGAAAUUUCUUUUUCAUUUGGGUUGCGUGAAUGAUGGAUUCGCCACAGAUGUACGAUACUCAACAGCACAAUCCUGCAACGGUGAUCAAUCAAGAACCUAAAAAGUCAGUUAUUAUGAACAAUAAUAAUAACAAUAAUUUAACCACUUUAAACAAUAACAAUGGCAACUCCAAGCAAACUGCCGCCCUAUUAAAACAACAUCAACUAGCAAUGCAAGGGGGUGGCCCGAUACAACACCACCCUGGUGGCAAUGACAUUAACGACCUAAACACCCCAGAAAUAUCUUUGGACCUACAAAACCUCAUUGACGAAUCAGCGUUUAAUGAUGGUUUAUUUUCCGACCUUAUUCAGACCCAACAGGGGAAACACUUACAAAACCUCCACUCCAGGCAGGUCCAGAUGGGACUGCAAAAUAACAACUACCCCAGAACCACUUUAGCUUAUAUGCCUCAACCCGUUCACAGUGGCGCCACCUAUGCUGGCACCCAAAACUCAAACAGCGAUAGCAACAGUUCAGUUGGUAGCGAUGUACCUAGCAUCAAAGAAGAACCGGUGGAUCCUCAAGAGGAGUAUCGUCGCCAAACCUCCUGUAGCAUUCUCCCUAACAAUUAUGGGAUCCCAGGAGGUUAUCCUUCGAAUCCCACCUUCACCACCCUAAACCCUAGUCCUGUGAUCCAUCACCAAAUCAACAUGAGCGCGAUGAAAAAUAAAUCGUCGAUGCUCAACCAGCACGUGUCCAGGAAGAAUAUGAAACCUUGUGAUAAAAAUAGUGACGAGUACAGGAGGAGGAGGGAAAGGAACAAUAUCGCGGUGAGAAAAAGCAGGGAAAAGGCAAAAGUGAGGACGCGGGAAACGGAGGAAAAAGUGAAAAUUUUAAUAAAAGAGAACGAAAGACUACAGAAGAGGAUAGAACUGUUGACGGAGGAGUUAAACGUGUUGAGGAGUCUGUUUUCGAAUGUGUCAAUGGGCGCGUUACCGGAACACGUUCAUAGGGAAAUUAAUAAGCAUUUGGAUACGUUCCAGUUGCAGCAGCAGCAACAUAUGUCCGAAGAUAACCGGCAGCGGAUGAUGGAUAUAGUUCACGACUACGGGCCGUAGCAAUAAAAGUUACCUUAAUUAGUUUAGUAAGUCUAGGAUAAUUUUAGUAAUAAGUAAUUUAAAUUAAGGCCAUUUUUUAUCGUGGCCUUAGGAAGCUUUAAUUCUUUAUUUAAAUAAAUGACGGCGAUGCGAAUUAUCACCGUCAUUGGAUAUUGGUUUCUUGGACAUUGGGCUUCUUCGGUAUCAUCUCGUCUCCAUUUUCCAAUCUGUCGUUCUGCUAUUAAAGAUAAAUAAAAAUGUUAUUUCUAGAGGUGAUAAUUGUUAUCUAGAAUAAAUGUCACCUAAUCCACAAGGCACACAAACCGAAUAUAAAACGUUUUUUAAGCCACGUAAGAUGUAGAUCUUUUAGCGUGCAAGGUGUGUUCGCUUAUCAGUUAAUCUGAAAACAAAAACAUCGAUAAGCGGGUCACCGGUGGUUCUUAUCAGUCAGGUAAUUCACCUAAUUUUUUUAGGUUUCUAAUAGUUAAAAGGCAUUUUAGUGUAAAUUAAUAUUUUUUACUUUAGUGACAUUUCUUUAGGUUUCAAAUCCGCCUCUGCCUAUUUUUCAAUUCAACCAAUAAGAAGGCCUGAGAGCGAAACUAAUUUUUUAAACAAGAUGCUUUAUCUUGACUUAACCUGCAAAAGUUUUUAGGUUAAGAUUUCAUUUAAUAUAACUAGAGUGCACCAUUGUUGCUAUUUAAUUCCAGAAAUUAAACGAGAUUUCUAAAAAUAACUUUCUUACUGCAGAAGUACAUCUAGGCAGUCUUUUAUUGGCAACAAUGGCACACUUGGCGGUUUAAUUGACAAAUAUAAGACUGACAGUUAAGAGGUUGUUGCUAAAUGUCAUAGUUGUCAUCUGUCUGUCGACAGUUAUGAUAGAUGACGUAACAUUAUGAGUAUUAGAUGAAAAUAAUUGCAUAGUAGAGCAAGGAAAUAUGAGGAAACGCAUUUAGUCCUCGCAUUUUUUACCUGAAAAACAAUAUUUCUUAAAUCUUUAUUAUCUUGGCAUUUACACAGAAAAUUACUGUUAUUACCUUUUGAAAGCUAUGACAUGUGACAAUUAUGCCACAACUGUCAAAAAUUAUUAAAAAAACAACUUUGGAGUAUGAGAGGAUAAUAUCUGAAUGAUCGCAGUUCAUCCUUAAUCGCAACUAUGACAGAUGUCGUAUUAGUCCAAUGGCAAGAGACCAAAAUCUAAAAUUUUCUUAAUGACAAUGAUGCUUAAAGGCUAUAGUCUAAUGAAUGGUUGUUAAAAUGUUACUUAAAUUCUAGUUUUUUAAAUUGAUUAAACUUUUUAGACCUGAAAGGCCUAAGGUGUAAUAUAUACGACAGUGGAUCUCCCAGAAAUAAAAUAAUGUUACGUUUUCGAAGUUUUUUUUUAAUAUAUUUUAUUUUAUUUAUUUUCUUUUUGCAAUAUUUAAUUACCAGAGGUGAAAAGUACCAAAGAACGGUUAAUUCUUGGUAUUUUUCGCGCCUCACGCAUAAAGUUGUUUAACGGGUAUUAAAAAUACUAUGUAUUCCGUUCAGUGAAAAAUGUGAUCAUUAUAUACCUACCAUAAUAUAUUUUUGUAAAAUAUAUAAUCAAUUGUUGCAAUCGAACCGUACCUUGUAUAUAAUAACUAUAUAGAAUAUUGUUGUUUUGUCCAUUUGUUUCUGUGUAUAUGUGUGAUAUAUUGUAUUUAUUUUUAUAUAUGUACAAGUUUCAAAAUUUCAUGUGAACAAUAUUCUGUAUAUAAAAUGUGACAAAGGAACUUAAUUAUAUUGUUGUUUGUACUUUAAUACUUUUAUUGUAAAUUAUAGAUUUUUUUUACCGUUUAAGUGUAGAUAGUGUAUAAAUUAAUAUAUUUCCAAAGAAAUAGUCCUUUGUAUAGUUACUUUCUUCUUUUUGAUGUACAUUUUCUACUUAAUUUCUUCUUUUGUUUUUAUUUAAUAAAUAUUUUUUCGGAAAA